AUGGGUAUAUUUUUUGACGUCCUUCUGAAAGUGGAUAAGUUCAUUCUCCCGAUGGAUUUUGUGGUAUUAGAUUGUGAAAUGGACCAAGAUGUGCCUAUAAUUCUUGGUCGUCCUUUGUUAGCCACUGGGAAAGCCAUUGUUGAUCUAGAAUUGGGGGAGAUGAAAUUUAAAGUGCAUAAAGAUGAGUUCUCUUUCAAAAUCUGCAAGUCAAAAAAGCAAACUGUGGAGUUGCAAGUAGUAUCUGUGGUGGAUGUUGAAAAUGAGAAGAUAAAUAAAAAGGAUUUUCCAAGGACAAAGUUGUUGCCUGAGAGAGGAAUUUGCUUGGAAAAUGUGCCGGAGAAACUACCGACCAAGUCGGAAACCAAGCCCAGCGUUGACCGACGUUCAGGGAGUUCCGGUGCUGAGAUGGAGCUGCGGCUACUAGAGAUCGAGGGAACUAGUCAGAACUGGUCGUCGUUUGGGUGCUGCGGCUGCUGGCUACCAGGUGGCAGGUACAGACGGAGCUGCGGCUAA